AUACUUAUGGAGCGGGCUGUCGUUAACAUACCGUCUAAAGAUGGCGGACAUCGUACACGUCUUUCGAAGAGCUUUGGGGCAAAUCAGAGGUCACGGCGGGCUGCGAGGAUUACUCCUUCAGUUCUUCAGGGUGAAUGAUGUGAAGACAGGGACUUUAGUUGGUGUGGACAAAUAUGGGAACAAAUACUAUGAAGAUACCAAGAACUACUUCUUUGGUCGGCACCGCUGGGUGAUUUACACCACCGAGAUGAAUGGAAAGAACACCAUGUGGAAUCUGGAUGGCAGCAUGGUGCCAGCCGAGUGGCAUCGCUGGCUGCACGCGAUGACAGACGACCCCCCCACCACACACCCUCUUCCACCAAAGAAGUUCUUGGCCGAGGUCCACCAGCUAAAUGUGAGCGGCACCCCGCAGCAGUACGUGCCUUACUCCACCACACGCAAGAAGAUUCAUGAGUGGGUUCCACCCAAAGCUGGAGCUCAGUAACCUCAAGUUAUGGUUUAGAUUUUUCUCAUUCUGUAAGUUGCAGUUUUCUUCCGCCCGUCAGCGCGCGCCCUUAAUAAAGUCUCUCUACA